ACCGACGAUAGCUCGGUAUUCAUUACUGCAUAUAACGCGCAAGCGCUGCACAAUAAUCAAACCGCUGCAAGCCGAAACCAGGAAACGCCGGAAACAAUUAGCACUCAGGGAUAAAAGUUAGCAUACUAAUCAUCCUUGUUACUGUGCACACCUUCGGUUUAACUCUCAAUAGCACUCUCGCAAGCAAACCGCGCGGUGACGAACAGCAAUGGCGACGCAUGUAACCCUGUCAUCGGGCCACCAAAUGCCAACUGUCGGGCUCGGCGUGUACCAGUCGCGCCCCGGGGAGGAGACGUACGAUGCCGUACUGAGCGCCCUGAAGCUGGGUUACCGCCACGUGGACACGGCGCAGUUCUACGGCAAUGAGGCCGACGUGGGGCGGGCGGUGCGCGACUCGGGUGUUCCGCGAGAGGAGGUCUUCGUGACCAGCAAGCUGUGGCGAGUGGACUACGGCUACGAGACCGGGCUGUCCUCGCUGCGCGCCUCGCUGUCCCGACUGGGGCUGCCGUACCUGGACUUGAUGCUGCUGCACUCGCCUGGGGAGCCGGAGGCGCGGGAGGGGGCGUGGAGGGCGCUGGAGGAGGGGGUGAAGCAGGGCCUGGUACGCAGCAUCGGUGUCAGCAACUUCGGCAUACCGCACCUGCAGAAGCUGCUGCGGACCGCCAGCAUACGACCCGCCGUGAACCAGGUCGAGGUGACCCCCUUCCUGCAGCGGCGGGAACUCGUGGAGUACUGCAAGCGGGAGGGCAUCGUGGUGCAGGCGUACUCUCCCCUCAGCAAGGGCCAGCAGCUGAAUGACCCACGGGUUGUUGAGAUAGCGCAACGGCUGGGCGUGUCGCCGGCGCAGGUCAUGCUACGCUGGAGUCUGCAGCAGGGUCUGGUUCCGCUGCCCAAAUCGGUUCACCCGGAGCGCCAAGCUGCCAACCUGGCCGUCUCCUCCUUCGCACUGAGCGAGCAAGACAUGCGGGAGCUGGGGGGGCUGGAGGCGGGACUAGUCACCGGGUGGGACCCCGUGGCGCAGGACCCGGUUUGAAGAGAGGGAGGGCGCGUUACGACGCAUAAGGACAGGCAUUUGCACUUGCAUGCAUGGGGCGUGGAUGGAUGAGGGGAGGGAGAGAACAGACGAGAGGAAGCUGUGCAGCAAGUCCCUGGCUUGUAACUGUUCAGGUGUACAGACCGUAAGUGGGUAACUGUAUACCGUAUUUAUGUGGCUGCGUGGUUGGCCCUGCGCCAUUCCAAUUGACGGGUGUUGGUGAAGGAUGAUUGGAUGUACGGUAGCAAUCUCGCAAACGGGCGUGUCGUUAGUGGCCCACUUGGUGUGGAAUGCAUACUGUACGUGUGUUGACGAGUACGGGUGUUCAUGAGGUAGGGGAAGGAGAGGCGCUGAUUUCCAUGUCGGACGAUGGUACGUGAAAGGAUAUCGCGGGGUUGGCUCCAAUCAGGGCGAUGGGAUUUAAGCUGCGAGUGGGAACUGCCGUAUUAAGUUGUACUGCAAGAGAUUUAACUGACAAGCGGUUUGCAUGGUUGUAACUGAUUGGUAGAGAGCAUGUUGCAUUUGGACUAAGGACGAUGUGCUAGACAUAAAUUACGCUACACUGCCAUAAUCACCUUUGGCUAGGUAGUAUGGCUGUCUGGACAGAAUUUUUAACACAUAAACUGUCGAUUAGGGAGCGGUGACUGAGUUUGAACUUGGCUAAAGAUGCUGCUAUCAUGUUGCUUUAGUCCACGUGCAAAAGAACCGGAAUACUCCAAGCCUGGGUCGUCGCCUCAGCGUUCUCAACCGCAAGUUAUAACGCAGCCAGAGGCACCAGUGCUCUCAAGAAACAGCAACAAUGUCAAGGGAAUCUUAACAGCUGCAUUCAAUCGGGUGUCCCUUUCAAAGCCUGACGACCAACACCAGAACUCCACCGGUGCCCAAUCCCAGCACGAGCCGCUACUGCAGCUGCUGCCCGUGUUGACUUCCUUGGAGGGCGGAUGGUGGGAUCAGCUGGAGAGGGCGGUGGCGGCCGCCGCGCAGCACCUGGCAGCCACACACGCAUGCAUCUUCCUCAUCUCCGGAGAUGCCACCUACGCAGCCCCGCUGGCGCUCAUCGGGCCGCCCGCUCCCCCGCUGUCAGUCGGCGUGCCGCUGCCGCUGCCGCCGUUGCCCUCGGGGCCGGCCACAUCAUCCCCCGGGGCAACAGCAGCUACUGCUGCCGCUGCUGCGGGUCGCAACACCCCCGGGCCCGGCGCCAACAGCGGGCACUGUUCGGGCGGUGGAGGUGGUGCGGUGGGGGCUUCAUCCUCUCUGGCGUCGUGCUCCUCCACUGGGGAACUUGGGGCAGCAGGAGCAGCGGCAGGGGUCCUCCCGGGGCGGGGAGAGAAGGGGGCGGGGACAGGGGUGCUGCUGCCGCCGCCCUCGUGUGCCGCCGCGGCCCUCCUGGCGCAACAGCCGCACCCCGACCAUCCAUCCCGCCUGCUGCUCCUCACCGAUCUGCCCCCCAGCAGCAGCGGCCUCUUCAGCCACCUCCACCACCACCACCAUCAAUCCCACCAGCAACAACAGCAACACCACCACCCUCAGCACCAGCAAGGCGCCCCCUGUAAUGGCAUCGACUCCCAUGCAAGCAGCGCUGCAGGGGGUGCUGGUGGCGGCGGCGGCGGCGGGCGCAGGUGGAGUCAGGGCGGUGGAGGCGGUGGAGGAGCGGCGGCGCUGUUGCCCCCCGAGUGGUCCCAUCUAGCGGCGGCCCGGGGGGGCGGCUGCUCGCACUUUGCAGCGGUGGCCAUUCCCUGGGGGCAUGUGCCGCUGGGGGUGCUGAGCCUGGGGGCGGAGGGCCCCCGGCGCCCGCCCUGCUGGACCCCCGAGUCGCUGCACUGUGUGGCAGCGCUGCUGUCGGCGCCCCUGCGCACCCCGCAGGUUGAUCUGGCCUGCCGGGCGCUGUCGGAGCUGUCCGCCGCCGUGACGGUGCACCAGGUGGUGCGGGUGCUGCUGGGGGCGGCGGAGCAGCUGGUGGGGGCGGUGAGCAGGAUCGACACGCAGGCGCGGGUGGCGUUCCUGCUGCCGGACCUGGACUCCGCCGCGGUGUUCCGCUCCGCUGCCACCGAUGUGGUGGGUCCGGCACUGCGGCGGAGGCUGAGCGAGGUACUGCUGGUGGACACCACUGCUGCUGCUGCUGGGG